AUGAGCAACGCAGCCAACCAGAUCACAGACGCCGUGGCAUCAGUUAUCCACAGCCCCGAGGCCCAGAAUGCCUCCUCGGCUCAUGGAACGCCUCGUGCAGAGGAGGAGGACGACCGGGACUUGAACAAAGCCCUGGGGGUCGAGCGCUUCCAGCAGAUCCUCUCUCCGGCUGCAGCUGUUCCAGAUGAGCAGCAUCACAACUAUCACGAGGAAGACAUUGAAUACCACCGUCACUCCUCGCACCACAUCCACCGUCCUCUGUCCAAACUGCCCUCUGAAGGACGCAGACGGAAGGGCGGCAAGAAGAAGAAGAAAGAGAAGGAGCACAAGAGCAGCCAUGGUCUCAGCAUCGAGGAGGGAGAGGACGAGGAGGAGGAAGAGGAGCCAGAGGAGACCACCCCUGCUCCUCCAGAGGCAGAGGAGGUCAAAGAUGUGGAGUUCUUUGUUUCCGAUGAAGACCAAAGAGACAAAAGUAUUAAAGGGAUCCUGUCCACGCGGCAGCUGAGCAUCGUGCCACAGACUGCGGUGACCGACGAUGGCAAAGACACAGACACAGAUAAAGCUGCCUCUCCUGAGCUCAGUCCCGGUCUCCCGCUGACCCCAGAGCACAUCCCUUUGACCCGAGUCUUGAGCCGCGGCUACGACCUGCAGGAGCGGCGGCGAACGGGCAACAUGACGGGGGCAGAGCAGGCCAAGUACCAACGCAUCCCCACCGACGAGAGCGAGGCCCAGACCCUGGCCUCCGCCGACCUGGACGGCAUCAAAAGUCACAGAUUCGAAGAUGUUCCUGGAAUGCGCCGACACUUGGUCAGAAAGAGCACCAAGGGUCAGGUGGUGCACACGGGCAAAGACCACACGGAGCCCAGCACGCGGCCCCGAAAGCAGGACCACACCCCCCAUGAGCCUUUACAGCUGGUCGUGUACCGCUCUGCAUCGCGGACCGAAGGCAUUCUGCUGAACAUGAAUGCAGAGCAGGCUCAGCAGUACAAGAAGGUGUUUGUGGAGCUGAACGAGCUGACGAUAGAUAAGAACCAGGAAAUGCAAUGGCGGGAAACGGCUCGUUGGAUCAAGUUUGAAGAGGAUGUGGAAGAGGAGACGGACCGCUGGGGGAAACCUCACGUGGCGUCGCUGUCUUUCCGAAGUCUGCUUGAGCUCAGAAAGACCAUUUCUCACGGUGCGGUGCUUUUGGACUUGGACCAGAAAACCCUUCCUGGUAUUGCCCACCAGGUUGUGGAGAAAAUGAUCAUUUCUGACCAGAUCAAAGCCGAAGACCGAGCCAACGUCCUCCGAGCUCUGCUGCUGAAACACAGUCACCCGAGCGAUGAGAAGGAGCACAGCAGUCCUUUCCCCAGGAACAUCUCUGCCGCCAGCCUGGGCAGUCUGAUCCCGCACCACCACCACAGCACCAACCACAUCCACCAGACGGAGCCAUCGGUCACGGAGCCUCUCAUGGGGACCGGCAACUCUACAGGCAACGACGCUCACAUCGACCUGGAGAAGAACGAGCUGCAGAAAGAGCCAAUCCUGACGUCCGGAAUGCAUCGCUCCAAGUCGAAGCAUGAGCUGAAGCUGCUGGAGAAGAUCCCAGAAAACGCAGAGGCCACAGUUGUGCUCGUUGGGUCUGUGGAUUUCCUGGAGCAGCCGACCAUGGCGUUUGUGCGACUGCAGGAGGCCGUGUUGCUGGAGUCGGUGCUGGAGGUCCCGGUCCCUGUGCGCUUCCUCUUCGUUCUGCUGGGACCUCCCACCUCCAGCAUGGACUACCACCAGAUCGGACGCUCCAUCUCCACGCUCAUGUCCGACAAGCAAUUCCACGAGGCCGCGUACCUGGCCGACGACAGACAGGACCUGCUCAACGCCAUCAACAGCUUCCUGGACUGCAGUAUCGUGCUGCCGCCCUCGGAGAUGGGAGGAGACGAGCUGCUGCGCUCUGUGGCCCGCUUCCAACAGGAGAUGCUGCGCAAACGAGAAGAGCAGGAGACCAAGCUGCAGAAGGAGCCCAAGAGCUUCGAGGAUAAAGUGGCUCUGCUCACUCCCUUCAAAAAGCCGGACGACCCUCUCAAACGGACACGGCGGCCGUUCGGGGGCCUGGUCCGGGACGUGCAGCGCCGCUACCCCAAGUAUCUGAGCGACUUCAAAGACGCCCUGAACAGUCAGUGCAUGGCGGCCGUCAUCUUCAUCUAUUUCGCCGCACUGUCUCCGGCCAUCACGUUUGGAGGACUGCUGGGAGAGAAAACCGAGGGCCUGAUCGGGGUCUCGGAGCUGAUCGUGUCCACCGCAGUGCAGGGGGUCAUCUUCUGUUUGCUCGGAGCGCAGCCGCUGCUCGUGGUCGGAUUCUCUGGACCGCUGCUGGUUUUUGAAGAAGCUUUUUAUACAUUCUGCAAAGCUCAGCAGAUGGAGUACCUGACUGGCCGCGUGUGGAUCGGCUUCUGGCUCAUCAUCAUCGUUACCGUGACCGUGGCGUGCGAGGGCAGCUUCCUGGUCCGCUUCGUUUCACGCUUCACCCAAGAAAUCUUCUCCUUCCUCAUCUCCCUCAUCUUCAUCUGCGAGACGUUCAUCAAACUGGCCAAGAUCUUCAAAGAGCACCCUCUGAAGCGCUGCUCCCUGAACGUCACAGAAACCAACGUCUCCUCUGUGGACGGCGGGUCUUGGCAGGUCCAGGGGGAGCCCAACACCGCGCUGCUGUCCUUGGUGCUGAUGGCCGGAACAUUCUUCAUCGCUUUCUACCUGCGGAAGUUCAAAAACAGCGCCUUCUUCCCAGGACGGAUCCGGAGAGUGAUCGGAGAUUUCGGGGUUCCAAUAGCUAUUCUCAUCAUGGUGCUGUUGGACUACUGCAUAGAAGAUACGUACACACAAAAACUGAGCGUCCCCAGUGGUUUCUCUGUGACCACUCCAGAGAAACGAGGCUGGUUCAUUAACCCGCUGGGCUCCGAUGGACGGUUCCCGGUCUGGAUGAUGUUCGCCUGCUGUCUGCCCGCUCUGCUCGUCUUCAUCCUCAUCUUCAUGGAGACGCAGAUCACAACCCUCAUCGUCAGUAAGAAGGAGCGGAUGCUGGUGAAGGGCUCGGGCUUCCACUUGGACCUGCUGCUGAUCGUGGUGCUGGGGGGGACGUCCGCGCUCUUCGGCCUGCCCUGGAUGGCGGCGGCGACGGUGCGAUCGGUGACCCACGUGAACGCCCUGACGGUGAUGAGCAAGGCGGUCGCCCCCGGAGACAAGCCUCGCAUCCAGGAAGUCAAAGAGCAGAGGGUCACUGGGCUCCUGGUCUCCAUCAUGGUCGGUCUGUCCAUCGUGAUUGGUCAGCUGCUGCGACAGAUCCCUCUGGCUGUGCUCUUCGGGAUCUUCCUCUACAUGGGAGUCAUGUCACUCAACGGGAUCCAGCUCACGGAGAGAAUGAUGCUGCUCCUGAUGCCGCCAAAGUACCACCCGGACCACACCUACGUCCGCAAGGUCCGGACUCUGCGUAUGCACCUGUUCACCUGUAUCCAGCUGGUGUGUCUGGCCGCUCUGUGGGCCGUGAUGUCCACCCAAGCCUCGCUGGCCUUCCCCUUCGUCCUCAUCCUCACGGUCCCGGUCAAAAUCUUUGUGCUGGGACGCAUCUUCACUGCCAGAGAGAUCGCCUGCUUGGACGCAGACGACGCAGAACCAAAGUUUGAGGAGCGGGAUGAGUACUCUGAGAUGCACAUGCCGGUGUAG